AUGCAUCUCCAUCACGCGCUCAGCAUUGUCGCAGCUGGCUUGAUUGGACAAACUUCGGCAGUUUAUAAUACCUCAUCGGAGCUGCCGCUGAACGGAUGGCACGCCUGCUCAGCCUACACCUUUGCCGGUGAAGGGCAAGAGGAAUACCGAGCCCAGUGCUUGACCGUUGGGGUCCCGUUGUGUUACACUGAUGUCUGUAAGCUCCUGCCGAAUGUGUACCCGACAAUCAACGUGUUCGUCAAGAUGCUGCCUGCCACGGGAGCCUACGCAGACCAUGCAACGAACGUGUGGAUGUUCGCAAGUGGAGCCUCCAGUGAAGCCGAAGCUUCGAUGGUGACGCUACACAAGCGCCUGAAUGGAUCAGUUAACGUGCUUACGAUGGACCUCCGCGGCACGGGACGCAGUUCGCGACUGGACUGCGUAUCAUCGCAAGCAAUGACGAGUGGAUCCCCCGUCUGGCGCCGACAUCGAUCUCACGGAAGUGGCUGCUUGUGCUCGGGAACUGCAGAACAAGUAUGGAGAUCUCGCUUCGUUCUCGGUCACAAGCGCAGCUAUGGAUGUUGCCACGCUCCUCCCCAUGCUCGCAAAUGGCGCGAGUAA